UUGAAAUGGUUUCAUGGCAUGAAUUCGCCUUGAUUUGGUUUGAGUGGUCGCCAUUGUUCUGCCAAUAGGAAUAUUAAUUUUCAUUCGUUGUUGAACCGUUUUCGGGUAAAGUGUGUUACACAAUUUUUCUCUAACGAUUUUAAACGCAUAUGUAUGUGUGUAUAGCAUAUCUAUGAGUGCGUGUGCUUUCAAAUACAUACUAUUUUACAAAUCGCCAAUUAUAGCAAUUGUGGUAAAAUUAGUAUAACUACAAUUGCAGUUAGAACCAGCAAGUGUUUAGUGGCGAUUAUAGUAAUAGCAACAAACAUUGUAGGCACAACGACCCGCCAUAAAAACGCAAUUGAGUGCAGUGAAAAUUUAUAUAUUGUGAGAAUUUUUCACAGCAAGUGGAAAGUGUGAAAACGUAUAUAAUUACAAGAGUACGAUAGAAGAAAAAGAAAAAAUAUACAUAUAUUAAUUAAUUUUAAACGAUAUUUGUGCAUGUUUUAUCAACGUUAUACGGAAAGAGAAAAAAUCUUGUGUAAAUCAAUAAACGAAAUGGCACCCUGCCAAGUUCAUCCCAUACUGUAUCACAGUAAUAAAAGCGCUAGGACACGUCCAGAGCGUCCGACUGGUGGCGUGCGUAGAAAUCUCUUCGGUCCACCCGAUCAAAAUGAAAUGGCGCGUAAUUUCGACAUUGAAAAUGCCCGCCAACUAAAACGUUUGAAUAAUUAUAAAAUCAUUGGUGAAAUUGAGCCAAGUAGCAAUGAACGACCGCUACCGGAUCUGAUUGCCAAGGAAGUAGAGGAGGCGUGUAAAAAAGAAAAUAAAAAAAAUACAAAUGAGAAGCUUGAACAAAUUAAGAAUAGUGACGAUGAUGAUGCGUUGACCAUGCGACAGAAGCAGAUUGAGAAAACACCAACGCUCCAUACCGUUCGUGCCAACACCAAAUCGGUCACCGAAGCAGCACGUUACAAACCCUACACUACGCAGACACUAAUCACUGAUGUGAUGCCAAAGCGAAAAGCCAUACCACCGCCUUAGAUGCUGAUAAAUGUUUUAGAUGGAUGUGAUAAUGCGGGUUAUGUACUAAGCGUUUGCUGCUGCAGCUGAAGGGGAGAGCACAUUGAUUUGAAAACUGUGAAAAUUGAAAACAAAAAACACAAAAUGAUAAUUACACAACUGGCGGAGACAUUGUCAUUAGCUGCGUGCAGCUUGUGACGCCAAUUGCCGAAUUAGUGAAAUUCAUUAUUUGCUAUUUUUAAAUUUUAUUUUUAUUUUUAUUUUGUAAUUUAUUUUUAUUUUAUUUAAUUUUUUAUAUGUUUAUAAUAUUUGUUUUUGUAUGAAAAACAUACUGUCAUUGCUACUAAAAAAGUCAAAGUGGCGUGUUAAGUUUAAAAAAGUAUACAUACAUAAAAGUAUAUUAACGCAUUUGCACGCAGGCUAACAAAGUGCAGCCCACAGUUCCGUAUGGCUAUAUAUACUAAGGAACAAACGGCUGCGCGGCGCGGCAUAAGCGAAUAAGAAGCAGCGAAAUUGUGUGUGUAGAGUGGCUGGCCAGUGCAAUUUUACUUUCUUUAUUUUAUUUUUUAUUUUAUUUUUUUUUUUUACGAACGUUUAAGUUUUCACUCCUCCCCCAUAUCAUCAUGUCAAUCGUUCAAUUUGUUGGCCUGUGUUAUUAACCAAAACAUUCAUACAAAAAAAAAAAACUUUGGAAUGAUCUCAAUUUAGCAAUGUUGUAGUGUGUGUGUAAGAGUAUUAUUUUUCCUCUUUAAUAAAAAAGAAAUAUACAUAAAAGUACCAAAAAAACAACACACAUUACAUAAUAUAAAAACUAAUUAUUUUAAUUGAAUGUACAUCGAAUUUGUAUUUUUAUUAUGGGUUGAAAAUGAUUACAAAAUUUUUAAACAAAUUAAAUUUUUAUUUUUAAUUUACUCACAAUGCAACACUUCAUAGAAUUACAAAAAAAGGCAAAACUACAACACAAGCAAAAAAUAUAUAAAGAAAUAGACUAAAAACAAUAAAAAUAAAAUAAAUGUGCAACAAACAAUUUUGUAAGCAAAUUCAAACAAAUUAUGUAAUAAAAUACUGCGCUGGUAAGAGUAAUGGUUGGAUUUAUGCAACAGUUGAUUUUGAGAAAUUUCGAAAAAAAUAGCAUUCAAAGUGCGCAUUUCGUUCAUUAAAAUUUUAGUUGAUGAUAAAAUCUGAAUUUUUAAACAAAAAAUAAAAAUCAAAACUGUGUGCCGUUAUAACCAUACACGCUUGUCGGCGCAGUUGCAUUUGUUGGUGUUGUAUUGAAUGCACUGAAGCAUAUGCGCAAUGGCAAUAGUCGAAAAUAGUAAGAUUUAACUUUAAAAUACAAAAAAAAAAGCAACA